AUGUCUGACGAAGAUUGUGCCCCAAACGCUGUGCCAUCGUCGCCAUCUACUUCCUCAUCACUUACCGAGUCCUACACUUAUCACUCACCGACACCAACUGCGUCAGGCCCUUACAUCCUGGGCGUGGACGAGGCUGGUCGCGGUCCAGUUCUUGGCCCCCUUGUGUAUGGAAUCGCGUACUGUCCAGCGUCAUAUCAGGAGGAGCUGGAAGGACUUGGGUUUGCUGACUCUAAGACACUGACCGCUACAACGCGUUCGGCCCUGCUCAAAUCCUUGAGCGACGACCCAAGUAACCUCGGGUGGUCUGUGAGAGUUGUCAGUCCACAAGCUAUUUCGAGUGGCAUGCUUCGUCGCCCUCCAACGAACCUGAAUAGACAAUCCGAGGACGCGACUGUCCUGCUCAUACGUGAAGUCCUGCAGCGUGGCCUUGAACUAUCCGAGGUUUACGUCGACGCCCUUGGUCCUACUAAAACCUACGAAGCCUACUUAUCCUCCCAAUUCCCCGGUAUCAACUUCACUGUUACUGCGAAAGCAGACUCCAAGUUCAAAAUUGUCGGAGCAGCCAGUGUGGCGGCUAAAGUAACGAGAGAUGCAUGGAUCGAGGGGUGGAUUUAUGAGGAGGACUCCCCUUCAUCUGACAAACAAUACGAAUUACAGUCGACUUCCGAAGCUAAGAGGAGGUGGGCGAGCGAGUUUGGAAGCGGGUAUCCGUCUGAUCCAAAGACAAAGGAGUGGAUCAAAUUGUCACUAGAUCGUACAUUCGGAUUCCCCUCCUUCGUCCGCUUCUCAUGGACGACAGCCAAGGUUGCCCUCGAGAAGGAGGCACACGACGUUCAAUGGAUUGAUGAUGGGCAGGCAUCGCUUGUGAAAGCGUUCGAGAGUGCAUCGGGUAGAGACAAAGAGCGUUGUGCUGUUACUCGAGACCUGUUUCUGAGCAGCGUCGGAACGCUAUGAUCAGCAUUUUGUGCCUUCUCAUCUUGGUUUCUUUGCUCAUCUGUCGUUCAAUAUAUACGAUUACCCGUGUAGGAAUGCUUCCUUGUGCUUCCUUCUUCUGUCUGUGGAGGUACUUUGUGUGAUAUAUGAUGCUCC